AUGAAAAGAGGCGGAGGUCGUAGUGGCGAUCGUGGUGGCCGAAGUGGUGGAAGUGAUCGUGGUGGAAAAUCUAAAGUAUAUCAUAUUGAUGUGGUUGUUGUGUUGACUAAUUACAGACAGCAUUUUUCAUUGACAUUAGAUUCCAGUAUAAAACGCAAUACAGCAGUUAUUAAGAAACUUAAGCAGAUUAAUGAAGAACAGCGAGACAGUUUGAUGGAUGAGUUGGGAAAUGUCAACUUGAGCAAAUUUGUUACUGAAGCAGUGACAGCCAUCAGUGAGGCAAAGCUACGGUCUUCUGAUAUUCAAGCUGCUGUUCAGAUUUGUUCGCUGCUUCAUCAAAGGUUCAAGGAUUUAUCACCAAGUUUGGUUCAGUGCCUGCUGAAAAUCUUCUUUCCUGGAAAAUCUAGUGAUGAUUUGGAGGCAGACAAGAACUUAAGAGCGAUGAAGAAGCGUAACACAUUAAAGCUCCUCCUGGAGCUGUACUUUGUUAGAGUAAUAGACGAUUGUAGUAUUUUUGUUAAUAUCAUCAAGGAUCUUACCAGUAUGGAGCAUUUUAAGGACCGUGAGGCAACACAGACGAAUCUGUCUCUUCUUGCCAGCUUUGCUCGACAAGGGAGAACCUUCCUUGGACUUCCACUGUCAGGACAACAAGUACUUGAUGAGUUUUCCAAGGACCUUAAUAUCACAGCAGAUCAGAAGAAAUUUUUCAGGAAGGCAUUUCAUUCACAUCAUGAUUCUGCUGCAGAACUUCUUCUGUCAGAGCACGCUAUCCAUUAA